CGAGUAGUGUACUGUCAUGGCUACCUUAGGUGUGCUAUAUAUUAUUCUGGAGAAUUUUUUUGACGAUGACCAUGACAUUGUACACUUUUGGAGUCUCAGAAAUUCGACAAUAGGGCAUCUUAUUGCCCAGAGUCAGUUUGCUUCCAGGCGACCAUAUUUGCCUCGGAUAACAGGGUUUGCCGAAGAUAUUAUUAUACCCCAGUUUAAUUCAUGCGACUUUAAAUACCACUUUCGCCUAAGCAGAGAGAUGUUCGAGGAAAUCCUUGUUCACAUUGGACACAGGCUAGCUUCAGAUCACUGUGGAGGACUGGUCGAGACAGAACCUACCAAACAGCUGCUAAUAUUUGCAUGUUACAUGGCUAACACCGAGUCCAUGAGAGAAGUUAGCCCGUGCUUCAAUGUUGGUCUUGCAACUGUGCAUAGAAUUAUUGGGAGAACCUGCAGAAUCAUAAUUGAGUGUCUUGCUAAUGUAAUCAGAUGGCCAAGUUCUGCUGAGCAACAAGUCAUUGCUACAAGGUUUCAGCUGAACUACAUGUUUCCUCACACAGUUGGUGUCCUUGACGGAACACAUAUUCGCCUAUCUUCCUGCCCUGGAGGAGAUCCCGAUUACAUAAACAGAAAAUCGUUUCCCUCUAUGCAGCUUCAGGUUGUGUGCGACGACACCCCUCUUCUAACUAACAUCUACACUGGGUGGCCUGGAAGUACCCAUGAUGCAAGAGUAUUGCGGAAUUCCGAGCUGUUUACCAGAGCUGAAGCUGGCAGCUGUAUUGACCCCGAUAAACUCAUCAUAGGUGAUAGUGCAUAUCCGCUAAAGCCAUGGCUUGUAACCCCAUUCAGGGAUAAUGGCAGACUGAAUUUACAACAAAGACGCUUCAACCGUGUAUUAUCGUCAGGACGACAGGUUGUAGAGCGUUGUAUAGGACAUCUUAAAGGGCGAUUUCGUCGUUCGCGAGAAAUACCUGUUCAUAAACCUGAAGAUAUUGUUUCUAUCAUAGUUUCAGGAUGCAUCUUGCACAACCUGUGCAUUAUACACAAGGAUGAUGUAGAAAAUUUCAUUGAGGAAGAUGGAAACGGUCAUCCAAACAAUUAUCCAAACUUAUUUAGAAAUGAUGUGAAUGGUAUUAACAGAAGACUACAAAUUAUGGCAGGACUACCAUAAGUGUAUUUGAUGAAACAGUCUCUCUCAAACGCUGGAACUGACAGUUGCAUUCAUACCAUUACUUUAAAUUUUACAAUAAAAAAUAACAAUAAAAUAAUGAAUAUUG